CGCUCGCACGGCCUUUUUUUUUCUCUCCUCUCUCUUUGGAGUAUAUUCUCGUCACAACCCCUCGCGGUUUUCAUCUCAAAGCCUAUUUGCUAUUGUACCUGCCCAAUAGCAGAGACAGAGCGCGCUUAAACUCGGGUGGCAUUUUUGAUUUCAUCACUACAAUCCGGCGCAAGUUUGACGCAGUGAUCUCUGCGCUCUCAGGCGGAUCAUCAACUCAAAACGGAGCUGGACGCAGACUCGGCGACUUUAUCAUCUCUUUCCCCCCUUAAUUCUUACAAAGAAUACCAGACAAACCCAUCUUUUUCCCGGCGUUUUCCUCCUCUUGCGAAGUUUUGAUGGUGAUCCACACCGGACAGUGAUCGGUGAUGGCAGACUCUGAUGCGCAAGAGACUCGCCAACCCGCCAAGGACUCUCCGUUCUCCAUCAAGAACCUGCUGAAUAUUGAAGACAACCCCACGAAACCUAAAAGCCUCAUCUGCUCGUCUAAGGGAGUGUUUGAGGGCAGCUUCUUCUCUCGGCUGGGGGACUUGUCUUUCCCUCGGUUUGAGCUGCCCGCACAGAGAAUCGGACUAUCAGCUCAGUAUUUGGAGAGAGCGUCCACCUGGUGGUACCCAUACACGCUCGGGACUCAUCUCAGGGCAACAGGUAAAUAUCAUUUUCUGUUAUUCCAGGCAGAAAGGCAAGAAAAAAAUCAGUUUCAUAUCAACCAUUUCAAUAAUAUUAAAGCGAUGCCCUGAAUUAAAUACAUCCUAUUCCCAAACACACUUUUCAGUCGUAUUUAAACGAAAAGGAAUUAAAUUUGAUGAUUAAAAAAUAUUCUCCUUCACAGGGUCUGAGAAGGCCAACUUAAGGGAGGCAUCACCGGCCCUAGACAGGCGCUCCCCGGAUCUCCAAAAGAGUGACCAAGAAGCCAAAGAGGAAAGCGCAGACGAAGACAUCGCUCUGGAUGACAGUGACUCAGAAGAGCCAAAGAAAGACGCAGAACAGGAGGACGACUGGAGGAGGAAAACAGACGAGCUGGACUCUGAUAGAAAGCCCUGUAGGAAGAAGAAGACGCGCACGGUGUUCUCCAGGAGCCAGGUCUUCCAGCUGGAGUCCACCUUCGACAUCAAACGCUACCUGAGCAGCUCGGAGCGGGCCGGCCUCGCCGCGUCCUUGCACCUGACGGAGACGCAAGUUAAGAUCUGGUUUCAAAACCGGAGAAAUAAGUGGAAAAGGCAGCUGGCUGCGGAGCUGGAGGCGGCGAAUCUGAGCCAUGCGGCGGCGCAGAGGAUUGUGCGGGUCCCUAUUCUUUACCACGAAAACGGAUCCUCGGAGACGACUGGGGGCCCCGCUGCAAAUUCACCGAGCAGCCAGUCACUGCUGGCUUUCCCACACCACAUGUACUAUUCCCACCCGGUGCCUCUGCUCAGGCCUGUCUAAUGCUGACUGCUGUACAUAUGUUUUUAAAUGAGUGACCACUGAAACAAGAAUGGAAUUUUGUACAUUUGUAUAGCCUAUUUUAGGAGAAAAUGUCACAUUAUUAUUAUUAUUAUUAUUAUUAUUAUUAUUAUUAUUAUUAUUAUUAUUAUUAUUAUUAUUAUUAUAUGUUAACACCCUGUACCUACUGAAGACAAAUACGGAUGGAGUUGGAGUUUCUGAUUCAGGACGUAAAUUUAUAGUUUUUAAUUUUAUUUGUAUUGGUGUAAUUGGUUUAUGGUUGAAUACAAUGGAGCUUGUUUUAAACAGGGUUUAAUAUGUACAUGUAUUUUACAGAGAUUUGUGUCAGUGUUUGUAGCGAGAAAAAAAGUGGAAUUUAAUAUUUUGAUAUUUUAUAAUAUUGUGCAAUAUCGUUGGCUUCACGUUACCAGCCGCUGUCAUCUUUGGUUUAUUUUCACAGGAGGAGAAAAAAACUCUGAGGACAAUCAUGUGCUCUUUAAGAAAAUCCACCCAAAAAAGUUGCAGGUGAAUGACAUUUGUUUUAUUGACUCAAUGUUAUGCCGCUGAUUUCCAAGCCAUGAAAGAGCCAAAAAUAGCCUCUGUUGUGUGUGUGUGUGUGUGAGUGUGAGUGUGUGUGUUAUUUUUUCUCUCUGGUAUUGUCAUUGAAAUUGUGUAUAUAAUUAUAACAUGCUCUCACACCCAGUAAAGAUUUUCGUUCCAAGACGAAAUGUUUCUAUGUUUUAUGACAAUUUCUCAAAUGCCAUAUUUUGAAGAUGUUGUACUUUUAACACAGGGGGGCAUUGGUGUUUUAUACUGGUAGUUGAAUAUUCAAAACGAGACUCAAAGUUUAAAGAGAACCCCCCCCCCCCAAAAAAAAAAAAAAAGAAAAAAAAAUUAAAUGAAAAAAAUUCAAAAUUCAAUAAAUCAAUAAAUAAUAAUAAUAAUAAUAAUAAUAAUAAUAAUAACAAAUAGAAGCAAAUACAAAUUAAAACGUGAAAUAUACAGGCCUAUUUAAAAUGAUCGUUUUUUCAUGACUUUGAAUUACAAGACGAUGGUCUCACCAGGAACAGCGUUUAAAUUGUAAUUCUUGCAAGUAUUCUUUAAAUUAUGUUUAUACUACAUACACUGUCUUUUCACUCUAUAGCCACAAUAAUGGUCAGAACAGCACCUCACUUCAUUAACAGUACAUACAGGGUUCCAGCCAUAGCACUAGGCACCAAAUAUCUUUUUAACUUUGCCUAAUUUCUUUAGCAAAGAGACGAAACACAACUCACCCACUCUCUUCCAGCAGACGCUCGUUUGUAGGGAGACCUCGGGCCAGUCCAUUCCGGAAACAUUAUUGAGGAUAUACCUACGCCUAUACCUAUGGGGUCUCACAAACGCUACAGAGAAGUCAAUUUUAAGAUAUAAAGUCAACUAGUUUGAUAUUAAGUUUAAUUUCUAGAUAUUAAUAUGUCAAGUUUAAUGCUACAUCUUUUUGCAUUCCUAUUUUGGUGUAAGAGGCGAUGUAGCUGUUCACCUAUUGGUCCGUUUCAAGCUUAUACUUAAUCUAUAUAGUCAUAUUGUGUUAAAUUCUCUUUAAUUCAUAAGGGAUGCUGUUUGGAGACUAGCAUAUAACAAUAAACUGUUAUAAACAA